CUUUUUCUGGUCAUCAGCGCGUCCACAGCACCACAACGCCCCAUGGCAUCUACAAUCAGACCGUCGCUGCUGCCACAGUGCACGUCAUGCAUACGAAGGGUGACGCGGCGGGGGCUGGAUCAAUGGGGCCAGCAGCAGCAGACGCGCAACAUCUCGAAGGCAGCGAAGGAGGCGGAGCGCAACAUCGUCGUCAAGCUGCGAGAGGAUAUCCCGCGGUUCGGGCGCGCCGGAUCGUACGUUCCCAUUAACCCUGCCCUCAUGCGCAAUAAGUGGUUUCCCGCGCGCGUAGCCGACUAUGUACCAGCCGUGCAGCUGAAGCAAUUGAAGGCCCAGGAUGUGGAUAUGAACCGCGAUGCUACUUUCGGAGUCAAGGCAACAUUGGAGGAAGCAGAGGAAGAGGUCGAGGUGUCGAGGCCACGGCAGCACUAUGUGCGGCCGAUUGAGAUCGAGCAGCUGAGUGCUGAGCGAUCCAUGGAACUCAUCGAUACCUUCGUACCCCCCACGAUCGACUUCGCACGACAGCUCAUUGAGCAAGAGAAGACAGAAACGAAGCGCUACGGUGCUUCCAAUGCAGCAGACAUCCUGAACUUCGCCAUGUCAGCAAGCAAGCCCAAGCCCCUUGAAAACGCCAUCUACGGGUCCGUAUCGACUGCAGACAUCGUCGCGACGAUCAAGUCCGCACUUGCACACAAUGACGAGGCAGCCCGUGUCAUCCUCGCAGAAAACGACGUCCACUUUGUGAGUGGCCACGAAGAAGGCGAUACCUCCAAGGUGAAGCAAUUGGGCAUGUUCAAGGUGGAGAUCGGAGUGCCUGGCGCCGCGCAGCCGUUGACAAGACAAGUUCGGAUUCGGGCGAAGGAGUAGCGAGCUGUAUUACAUAUCUAGCAGACGGCCAGACGCAAUGCCUGGUGCUGAAGAGAUGGUGUAUGAUAACAAUGUUGGGCUGAUGGAUCGUUCUGAGAGUGUUGGACUCAUCCGAAUGUCGUCCCGUCACUUGUCUUCAUGGGGACAUUGCACAUGUACAAUAGGGAGACGGGGACCGCGCGGGGCCGAGGGUGCGGACAUGUCUCCGUUCGCUGUAAACAUACACUGUACAAAACAUGUCAAUGCCGAC